CGCCGCUCUCGCCCCGAAGCGGAAGUGCCGUGCCCAGAAGUGGCGGGGGCGGCGGGAGCCGGAAGGGAGCGUGGCGGCCGCCGGCAGCUUCUGAGGUUGGUCUGUGGUUCAUCUGGGAAAUGCUCGUGUCCUCAUUCCCCAGAGAAGAACCCCGUCGUACCCAGCAGAACCUAACGGGCUGACAAAGGAACCGUAGCCUCGCCUGGCCUCGCCGACGGGGCCUCUUCUAUAAAAUGGGAAUACUUAUUGCAAUUCUUGGAAUCUGGUUUGGCUCUUCACUUGUAAGAGGAGAUUCUAAGGCUGUGACAACGUCUCUGACUACGAAGUGGUCUUCAACUCCUUUGUUGCUUGAAACAAGUGAAUUUUUAUCAGAAGAAGGUCAAGAAAAAUUCUGGAAUUUUGUUGAAGCCAGUCAAAACAUUAAGACAUCUGAACACGAUGGUAGUGAUUAUUCUUCUUACCAUGAAAUGCUGAAAGUGGCCUGCCAGACUCUGUCCCCUCUGCAGCAGAAUCUGUUGAAGUUUUCCCUGUCUUUGCGUUCUUACUCUGCAACAGUUCAAGCUUUUCAACAGAUAGCAGCAGAUGAACCUCCGCCAAAGGGCUGUACCCUGUUUUUUGCUGUGCAUGGGGAGAAGACAUGUGAAUUUGACUCUCUUGGAAACCUUUUAGAGGGAGCUUCAGAAAGGCCAAAGCCGUUUCUGUUCAAAGGGGACCACAAAUACCCUGCGUCAAACCCUGAAAGUCCUGUCGUCAUACUCUACGCUGAGAUUGGCUCAGAGGAGUUCUACAGACACCACAAGAGGCUUGUUUUAAAGGCUGAGGCAGGAGAAAUCACUUACGUCCUCAGGCACUACAUUGCUAAUCCCAGUCAAGAAAAAGUCUACCUCUCUGGCUAUGGUGUGGAACUGGCUAUCAAAAGUACAGAAUAUAAGGCCAAGGAUGAUACACAGGUGAAAGGCACGGAUGUGAACGCUACGGUAAUAGAUGAAAACGACCCAAUUGAUGAAGUGCAGGGAUUUUUGUUUGGAAAACUAAGGCAGUUGUAUCCUGACUUGACAGAAGAGCUGAAGGAGCUUAGAAAACACCUUGUGGAAAGUACCAAUGAAAUGGCCCCUCUGAAAGUGUGGCAAUUGCAAGAUUUAAGUUUUCAAACUGCUGCUCGCAUUUUGACUGCUCCCCCGGUGGAUGCCUUGAUGGUCAUGAAAGAUCUCAGUCAGAACUUCCCUACAAAGGCCAGAGCCAUAACAAAAACAGUUGUUUCUUCGGAACUCAGAGCAGAAAUUGAAGAGAACCAGAAGUAUUUCAAAGGAACAUUAGGAUUACAACCAGGAGACUCUGCCCUGUUCAUCAACGGACUGCUUAUUGAUUUAGACACUCAGGACAUAUUCAGCCUGAUUGAUGUGCUGCGCAAUGAAGCCCGCGUUAUGGAAGGCCUGCACAGCUUAGGGAUUGAGGGUCUUUCCCUGCACAAUGUUCUGAAAUUGAACAUCCAGCCAUCGGAUUCUGACUACGCUGUGGACAUCAGAAGCCCUGCAAUUUCAUGGAUCAACAAUCUUGAAGUUGACAGUCGAUAUAAUUCCUGGCCUUCCAGUGUGCAAGAACUGCUGCGUCCCACAUUUCCAGGCGUGAUCAGACAAAUCAGAAAGAACUUCCAUAAUUUUGUGCUGAUAGUAGAUCCUGCUCAUGAGACCACAGCAGAAUUACUGAAUGUGGCAGAGAUGUUCUUCAGUAACCACAUCCCACUGAGGAUAGGACUAGUCUUUGUGGUGAAUGACUCGGAGGAUGUUGACGGGCUUCAGGAUCCUGGAGUUGCCCUCCUUAGGGCAUACAAUUAUGCGGCACAAGAAGUGGACAAUAAUUAUGCUUUCCAGACUGUCAUGUCUAUAUAUAACAAAGUAAAAACGGGAGAUCAACUCAAAGUGGAGCAUGUCCUCAGUGUUCUUGAGAAACAGUAUCCUUAUGUGGAAAUCAACAGCAUUCUGGGAAUUGAUUCUGCCUACGAUCAAAACAGAAAAGAAGCGAGAAGUUACUAUGAGCAGACGGGUGUAGGUCCUCUCCCUGUGGUGCUGUUCAAUGGAAUGCCUUUUCAAAGAGAUCAGCUGGAUCCUGAUGACUUAGAAACUGUGACGAUGCACAAAAUGCUGGAAACCACAAGCAUCUUCCAGCGAGCUGUGUACCUGGGUGAAUUAUCUAAUGACCAAGAUGUGGUUGAGUAUAUUAUGAACCAGCCGAACGUUGUUCCAAGAAUUAAUUCAAGAAUCUUAAUGUCUGACAGAGAGUACCUAGAUCUGACAGGAAUGAAUAACUUUUACGUGGAUGACUUUGCUCGAUUUACCACAUUGGAUUCCAAAGAUAAGACAGCUGCUGUUGCAAACAGCAUGACCUACUUAACAAAGAAAGGAAUGUCUUCCAAGGAGAUCUAUGAUGAUUCCUUUGUUAGACCAGUUACUUUUUGGAUUGUUGGUGAUUUUGACAAACCUUCGGGGAGGCAAUUGUUGUACGAUGCAAUUAAACAUCAGAAAUCCAGCAAUAAUGUUCGCAUAAGCAUGAUUAACAACCCCAGUGAAGAUCCAAACAGCCAGAACACGCUUGUCGCUAGAGCCAUAUGGGCGGCUCUGCAGACACAAACGUCAAAUAAUGCCAAGAACUUCAUCACCAAAAUGGCAAAAGAAGAAAAUGCAAAGGCUCUGGAGGCAGGAGCUGAUGUCUUAGAAUUUGCUGUUGGGGGGAUGGAUAUCAAUAUUUUCAAAGAAGCCUUUGAAUCUCCCAGGGUGGAUUUUAUCCUAUCCCAUGCUAUAUACUGCAGAGAUGUCCUGAAGCUGAAGAAGGGGCAGAGAGCUGUGAUCAGCAACGGAAGGAUUAUUGGCCCAUUAGAGGAUGGCGAGAUGUUCAAUCAGGAUGAUUUUCAUCUCCUUGAGAAUAUCAUACUAAAGACGUCAGGACAGAAAAUCAAAGCUCAGAUUCAGCAGCUGGGAUUCGAAGAAGAUCUUGCAAGUGACUUGGUAAUGAAGGUGGAUGCUCUUCUUUCUGCUCAACCAAAAGGAGAGGCUCGGAUUGAAUACCACUUUUUUGAAGAACGAUACAGUGCAGUUAAACUGAGACCAAAAGAAGGAGAGACGUACUUUGAUGUUGUGGCUAUUGUUGAUCCGGUGACCAGAGAUGCUCAAAGACUUGCUCCGUUGCUUUUGGUUUUGAACCAAUUGAUAAAUAUGAACCUACGAGUGUUUAUGAACUGUCAGUCCAAGCUUUCUGACAUGCCACUGAAAAGCUUUUAUCGCUAUGUUUUGGAGCCGGAGAUUUCUUUCACAGCAGAUAACAGCUUUGCUCCUGGACCAAUCGCCAAGUUUCUGGAUAUGCCCCAGUCUCCUUUGUUCACUUUGAACCUAAAUACUCCUGAGAGCUGGAUGGUGGAAUCUGUCAGAACCCCGUAUGACCUUGAUAAUAUUUACCUACAGGAGGUGGAUAGUGUUGUAGCUGCAGAGUAUGAAUUGGAGUAUCUACUUCUGGAAGGACACUGCUAUGAUAUUACUACUGGACAGCCUCCUCGGGGGCUCCAGUUUACACUGGGAACUUCAACCAGUCCUGUCAUCGUUGAUACCAUUGUUAUGGCCAACCUGGGUUACUUCCAGUUAAAAGCCAACCCUGGUGCAUGGACUUUAAGGCUCAGAAAGGGCAGAUCUGAGGACAUCUACAGAAUCUACAGCCACGAUGGUACAGACUCUCCACCUGAGGCUAGCGAAGUUAUAGUUGUUCUCAACAACUUCAAGAGCAAAAUUAUCAAAGUAAAGGUUCAGAAAAAAAUAGAUAUGAUGAAUGAAGAUCUACUGAGUGAUGGUACCAGCGAGAAUGAAUCUGGAUUCUGGGAAUCUCUCAAAUGGGGGUUCACAGGAGGACAAAAGAAUGAAGAUGUGAAACAGGAUAAAGACGAUGUACUAAAUAUCUUCUCUGUGGCUUCAGGACACCUGUAUGAAAGAUUCCUACGCAUCAUGAUGUUGUCUGUGCUGAAGCAUACUAAGACUCCUUUAAAAUUUUGGUUUCUGAAGAACUACUUAUCACCAACAUUCAAGGAGUUCAUCCCAUACAUGGCAGAGAAGUAUAAUUUCCAGUACGAGCUUGUCCAGUAUAAAUGGCCACGCUGGCUUCAUCAGCAAACAGAGAAACAGCGCAUCAUCUGGGGUUACAAGAUCCUCUUUCUAGAUGUGCUUUUCCCAUUAGCUGUUGAUAAGAUCCUCUUUGUGGAUGCUGAUCAGAUUGUUCGCACAGACCUAAAGGAAUUAAGAGACUUCAACCUAGAUGGUGCUCCUUAUGGAUAUACUCCAUUCUGUGACAGUCGAAGAGAAAUGGAUGGCUACAGGUUCUGGAAAUCAGGAUACUGGGCGAGUCAUUUAGCUGGAAGAAAAUACCAUAUCAGUGCUUUGUAUGUCGUGGAUCUGAAGAAGUUCAGAAAGAUAGCAGCUGGAGACCGACUCAGAGGACAAUAUCAGGGUCUUAGUCAGGAUCCUAACAGUCUGUCCAACCUUGAUCAGGAUUUGCCUAACAACAUGAUCCACCAGGUGCCAAUUAAAUCACUCCCCCAGGAGUGGCUGUGGUGUGAAACAUGGUGUGAUGAUUCCUCAAAGAAGAGAGCAAAAACCAUUGAUCUGUGUAAUAACCCAAUGACCAAAGAGCCCAAACUGCAAGCAGCGAUGCGCAUCGUUCCAGAGUGGCAGGACUACGACCAAGAAAUCAAACUGCUCCAAAGUCUUUUCCAGAAAGAGAAAGAAACAGGAACACCAGCGAAGAUGCCAGGACAACACACACAUGAUCCAGCAGCACACGUGGAAUUAUGAUCCAUGGAGAAAAAUUCAAGUUAGACUGUUUCAUAGACAAUUUUUAUAUUGAAAGCUAGGGUUUUUUCCGGUAUGUCUGCAAAACUGCUGAAUAAUCGAAUGGGAUGAUGUAUGCAUUUUUAUUACUUGCCUUUGGGUUAAUUCCUGCAUAUGAAAUAGGAUCUGGAUUGCUGGAAUUAGCAUUACUCGGUUUUGCACCUGUGAUGGAGAUGAAAGAGCCCACGAUGGAGUUUAGCAUUUCAGAAACAAAACUUCACAAUUCACUGGAAAAGCCAGAGCCUGUUCCUUCUGCUGGUGCUGCCUCCACCACUGAUGAAGAUCCUGUUAGCCUCAGACCUCACUUGAGCCUGGGAAUCGCAGACCGUUGAGCCGUUGGCUAGAAUAUAAGUCCUAACCUCAACUGACGGAGCGAAUUUUUCCAGGUAACAUUUAAAAGGCUUAAAAUCAUGCCUUGAAUUUGGAAUGCUGUUUAAUCUGCAGGUUUUCAAGGAAUGCUGCUCAGAUUUGUUCAGUAUGCCCUUGAUUUUGUAACAAAUCCAGCAUUGCUUAGAUUUUCUAUUUCCUCUCUUCACUUAUUGCCUAACUUUUGAAGGUUUGGCUUAAUGUGAAGUUACCCCAAUCUGUUUAAAUUCCCAUCCAAACACAAACGCCUGAGCUUACGAAGUGAGCAGAACAUUGAAUUUGGCAGCUCAGUUCAUCUUAGCCCAUCUGACUUCAAUGCAAGUGCCCUCCUUCCCUCCUGCUCUGCAAAACUGGUAGGGCCUUACUAUUGCUGUGGUUCACUGAUUCAUGAAUGUUUCUUUUGUUUAUGAAGAAAUCUGUGGAAACUUGGAAGUUUUUCAUCAUGUACAUUUCCUUAACUUUAUUUUUCUUUGAACAGAAACGUUGUCACAUCAAUAAAAACUUUGGAGUUCUUAGGUCUUAAGCUAUAGUUCACACCCAGUCCUUUGAUCACCCUUUUUGCUCACACACAUUACCAUCCUAAUUUGAUUUUUGGGUUUUCUGAAUAUUUCACCUGUGUUUGUUUUCAUUCUGUGCACGUUUUCUUGCAAAGAUUAAUUACCCUGGGCUGGUUUUAUCAUUCAUAUUUGUGUCUAUUAAUUUUUAAAGAUGAUGCUGCCAUAGUUCUGUUAUGAACAUACCAAUUAAAAUAUCCCCUCAAGCCCUGUUUCCCUAGAACAAUGAGAAGUGGAAAAGUUGAAAUACUGAAGUAGUACUUCUAGUAGUAAAAUAUAGCUCCCUGUGCACUUCUUUAGAAAUCCAGACUGGGAUAAUUUCUGCCUCCCGUGUUUUUAUACAGGUAAAUGUGCUGUGCUGUAAGAGCUUCACACUAAAGAUAAUCCUGACCUAAGAUAUUCUUGUACAAUUAUUGUCUUGUAUCAUCCCAUCAGUGUUUUGGAGAGGAAUCUGAAUGACAGCAGCUGUAGUGUUUAAAUCUGUGUUCAACGGGGCAACCAAACCGAAAUGCAGCUCAAGAAAGAGCCCAAAUCACUAACCCAAACUCUAAAACGAAUCUGUUUAAAGGCAUAGGCGGUGUCUCUAAAGUGCACUUUGCUGGCGAGGUCAGUAAACUGAUCCCUCACCCUGCACGUAUGCUUCUGGCAGUUCUACAAAGGACAGGUUUUAUAAUCUCCCCUCUCCAGAGGGGAAGCUCUGCAAACAAAGGACCUGGAUAUUGAACCCCGAGCUCGGUGUGUUACUGGCUUUGGUAUUCUCCACUUUGAGGGGGUUUAAAUUCCAAUUGUUUCCCUGAUGCUCUGUAUGCGACCAGCGACUUGUGCUUCCCACAAAAACUGUUCCAGUUCAGGGUGAGCAGACUUCAACCAGAAGAUUUUUUUCUAAUGUAAAAACCCAACAAUCUACGUGCCAACAAAUUAAAAGUAAUUACAUACUAUGCUAAUUAGCCUGUUUUAAACAGCUGAUGCAGCACAAAAUACCUUUCCUGUGCUCAGCUACAAGUUGCUUCUGCCUCUUUGGAGCGCAGGAUCAGGUGGGCAAGGGCUGUGUGCAGGAUCCCAUAGGAUAAAUGGUGUGUGGGUAAGGAAAGGAUCUGCGCCAGCCCUCGGAAGAACAGGGCAAGACCCUCUCCUCUCUAGAACCAUAUUUGGCUGCCUUUUUUUUUUUUAUUAAUAUUAGAAGGCAGAACAUAGAGAAGAAAGUAACCUUUUAAAUUCAGCACAAUAUUUGCAAUGCCUUGUUUGGAGCCGAAUAAGGAGAAAACAAUUUUAACUUAAAUGUCAGUUAGAGAAAUACUUUUUGCUCCUCCAUGCUAAUAGUUCAUGUACGCACUGAAACACCCACACCACAGACUUUUUUAAUUAAAAGAUCUGGCAAUCUAUGGAGAAUAUUUUUGUUCCCUCUGGUUAACAGAGACCAUGCUCUUCUGUUCACCUCUUUGUAAGGAACACAAAUAAAUCUAACUGGCAGUUGGUAUAGACAGAAACCAGAAGCAUGUAUUGUCAGUACCUUUUGCAGUACUCUGAGGGUCCUGGACUUGUUGUCAAGUACAUGAUAAAAUGCACGUGGUACAUAUCAGCCCAAAUGUGAACUACUCCAGUUGUUCUGGGAAGCCACUGUUUAUUUGCAGAUAAGAAUAACAGUCCCAGAGAAGAACAAUGGCUUAGCAAGUGUCUACUCUUGCUCGUAGUGCUCAACUGGGCCUUGAAAAAUCCUUUGGCAGCUCCAUCUAAAAGAAAUCUCAGAUUAAAAUGAUGGCUGCAAUAGGCAGCUGAUGGCCUGGGCCUGGCAGCUAGUAAGAGGGAUGAGAGAAAAUAUAAAAAUAGGGUUAUUCAGAGGUCACAACAUAAUUUUCGAUCCCUCAGACUAGAAAGGCUGUGGCAAACUGAUGACAGUGUUCCAAAUCUCCGGCUACACAAGCUUGUCAUCUCAGUGAAGAAUUCACACGGAAAGAUCAUAGAAUCAUAGAACAGUUUGUGUUGAAAGGAACCUUAAAGAUCAUCCGGUUCCAACGCCCCUGUGACAGAAAGGGACACCUCCCACUGGCUCAGGCUGCCCAAGGCCCAUCCAACCUGGCCUGGAACACCUUCAGGGAUGGGGCAGCCACAGCUUCCCUGAGCAACCUGGGCCAGGGCCUCACCACUCUCAUGGUGAAGAUGCCCAGUACUUUAUUUUAAAAGGAAGAUUUCACUGCUUUACUAGGAAACAAAGAAUAGAGAAAUAUGUUUUUAAGAUUUCUCUUUCACUUAGCUGUUGGGGGUUGGGUUGUAAAGGAACUGAAAGGGGUGGGACAUGUACAAAGCAGUAAAUAUCCAAUGGCAAGUUGAGGAACCGAACUGCUGCGUUUUCUUAAUAGAAACUGUUUUGCAUAUCCAGACCUGUAAUCUGUUCAGGACAGCACCGUCGCUCAGUGUGGCGCUGCCCUAAGGUAGCGAUUCUCUACUGAAUGUUACCCAAACAGAGAUUACAGCCAGUUUCCCAGUACAGUGGCAACAAUAAGAUCUGUCUGACAUAAUAAAGCCUUUUCUGUUCUUUA